CAUUAUUUAAUGCACCUCUCCUUUAUCAUCAUCAUCCAUAUUCUUAUAUAAAAUAAACCUUGCAUUCUUGUAUUUGCAUCUCAUCUUACUUUACUACAAGCCUUUCUUUGAAGCAUAUUCUGAAAAUUAUUUGGAAGAUGGAAAACAGUGUUGCAUAUGAGAGUGAUCUUAACAUGAAGGAUACUGAGCUAAGACUAGGACUUCCAGGGACAGAAGAAAAUGAGAAUGAAAAAGCACUUUCUGUUAAGGUUUCCAACAAAAGAUCAUUGGUUGAAACCUCUAAGGACAGUGCAACUGGUUCAAAAACCUCUGAAUCUGAUGCAGCACCUCCUUCUAAGGCAAAAAUAGUGGGGUGGCCACCAAUAAGAUCUUAUAGGAAGAACAGUUUGCAAGAGGCUGAUGCUUCUGGGAUUUAUAUAAAAGUGAGUUUGGAUGGAGCUCCUUACCUUAGAAAGAUUGAUUUGAGAAUCUAUGGAGGUUAUGCACAGCUUCUUAAAGCUUUGGAAAACAUGUUCAAGUUAACUAUUGGUGACUAUUCAGAGAAAGAAGGUUAUAAAGGAUCUGAAUAUGAACCUACGUAUGAAGAUAAAGAUGGUGAUUGGAUGUUAGUUGGAGAUGUUCCAUGGAACAUGUUUGUGACAUCUUGCAAAAGACUAAGAAUCAUGAAAGGAACAGAAGCUAGAGGUGUUUGAGAAACAAAAAAGUUGGUAUGAAAAGUGUUUUGGUGUGAAGGGAAGAAAAAAACAAACAACCUUUCAGCUUGUGUUUUCGGAAGAACUAACGAGUUUUUGAAUCACUGUGGUGUAUGCUAUGCUAUGUGUUAUCAUGAGCAUGCCUAUCUGAAGUUAUGCUCUAAGGAAGGGAAAUGGAAGAUACAGUGCAGUUUCUUAGUUUCCUCGAACAUUAGCAUCCGAGGAGGGAUGCUGUUAUUUCCACUGUUUUUUUUUCUUCAUGUUUCGAAUGAGAGAUCUCAGAGAGAUUUACUCAAGUGAAAAGGGAUAGAAAAGGGUGAUAUUUUAGUAUAGUAUUGUUUAAUUAUUAUAUAUCCAAGGUUUUUUCUUGUAUAUUGAUACAAGAAUAGUGUAACAUACCAAGUGUUGUACAAAUUUCUUUGUUAUCGAAUGGACUAUAAAUUAAUUAA